GCGAGAAUGGAUGAUCCAUAACGUGCGACAGCAACUUCACAUACCCCCGCAAUCACCUGAUGUUAGGCCCAUUGAACAAUUAUGGGAGGAACUUAAACGGCGCGUUCGCAAACGUUCAAGUAAGGGAGAGUUAAAAAAUAGAGUAUUCCUCGAAUGGGAGAACAUUCCAGCAGAACUUACUAGAAAGUUGGUUUCAAGUAUGACAAGAAGGUUACAAGCGAUUAUCAAGGCCAUUUGUUUGCUAUCUGUUAAAUUAUUAUUAGAAACUGUUAGGUGUACGGAGACUUUUUUGGCAUUAUUUUUGUAUAGAUGUUUAUAUUAUUGAUGUAAUUUUUAAAUAAGGAUUCGUUUUUGCAAUUAUUACUAAUAAUCGUUAAAAGUAUGUUUCAAUUAUCAAUAAAAAUAUGUUCUCAUACAGUUUUGAUUAAUUAAUUGAAUACAACAAAAAAGUUCGAUGUAAAGCAGAUAGUGUACGGUGACUUUUUGGACUAACUGUAUAUACAACUACAAAUACAAAACUCUUUAUUUCAACUCAUACAAAAUAUUUUGUAGGUGACUGUCAUAAAAAAUGACAUUUUACUGAUUUAUUAACAUCCAUAAAGUGUCACUUUUUUGUCCGCAUUUACUUUACGGCCGCUUUUUAUAAACACAGAUUUAUCACACUUAUCGUUAACGAUAGAUUUUUAUUAGAUCAAUAAAAAUUUGAAACAAUUCUUGAAUUUAAGCCUCUUUUUAAACACAUAACAAGAAUGAAAAAAAAAAAAAUAUUGUAUCUACUUGAUUAGACAAUCUCCUAAAAAAUGUUGUGUGCAUGAUAUUUUUUGGCCUAACCAGAAGUUGCUUGGCCUCGGCUACACUUCGGCCGCAAAUUUCUGACUGGGCUAAAAAAUCAACUUUACGGGCUUGGUAUAGAUGUAUUAAAAGAACGGCUUUGAGUAAAAAGAGUAAAAUGAAGUACUUUUCAAACGCACCUGUUUAAUAAUUAAUAUUAGUGCUUCUUUUUUAAUAAUCUGUUUCCUAAUAAGAUAUAAUUCUGCAGUUAAACAAAAUGUUGAUUACUGAAGAAAUGUGUAGCAUGCCAAUUGUGUUCCUAGAAUAUUUUUAGAGUAUUUGAGUUUUAAACGUAUUUUUUUUUAUGAAUGCUCCACUUGAUGUUGUGUCAAAUAUCCCCAAAACUAUAAACAGAAUUAAGUGCAAUAGUGCAACUGUCACACAAAACCCGAUACAAUUAUUCCCUUGUAUGCAAGGUGAAUUAUUAGAACUCUUACUUGAUAAAAUAAAAAAUCUUGCGGUUUCGAUGAAAUACCUGUUGUUCCUUUCAUAAUAUCUCCUUUGACUUUUCUAGUUAACCUUUCAUUCU